AUAUCACCGACUUGUUUUGUGGACAGCUGGGUUACUCCGACUCAGUCGAAUUUGGCCGUAGGAGAUGUCUUCACUAACCUCCGUCGAAUUGAAUUUUCUGAUAUUCCGAUAUCUUCAGGAAUCAGGGUUGACACACGCUGCAUUCACACUAGGUUACGAGGCAGGGAUUAAUAAAUGCAAAAUCUAUGGGAAUAUGGUUCCACCUGGUGCUCUUGUCAAGUUUGUUCAGAAAGGUCUCCAAUACAUUGAGAUGGAAGCUAAUUUGAGCAGUGUGAUGCUGAGGGAGAUGAAGAGGAAAGAGAGGGAUAAGGAGGACAAGAACAGAGAAAGAUCUAAAGAAAAUGACAAGGAGGUUGAACGAGACCAUGAUGGAGCUCGCAGCCGAGUCAGGGAAAAGGAUGGGCAUGAGAAACACAAGGAGCGAAAAAGGCAAAGGGAGAGGAUUGAACGGGAAACAUUGGAGAGGGAGAGACUGAAAUUAGAGAGGGAAAGCGAGAAGAUAGAGAGGGAAAGGGCCCAUGAAAAGCAGCUUGGAGAUGGUGAUAGGGACAUGGCUAUUGACCAAAGUGAGAAAGAAAACGCUGGAGAUGAAGAGCAUGGCCGUUCUUCGGGUCGGUCUUCAUAGUUUGUUUUUCUGUGUUUUUAUUGUUGAAACUUUUGUGGGAUGAAUCAUAUGUGAGAAUAACAUUUUGUAAUCCAGAUACUAAUAUCUGUUUAAUUUUAUUUGAUUUGAA